AUGCAAACCUUUGGUGCCUUUCUCGUCGCCCUUGUAGCGGCUGGCGUUGCCAACGCUCUACCCACCUCCAACCACGGCAAGGUCUCAGUACCAGUUACUCACAACCGAAACUUCAAGGCCCAUGGACCACUUGCCCUUGCCAAGGCGUACCACAAGUUCAACAAGCCCGUUCCCAAGGACGUCGCCGACGCUGUUGCCCGGCUGAACAAGAGAGCUACCGGAUCAGUGACCAACGUGCCUCAGCAGUAUGACAGCGAGUAUCUUGCCGCUGUUCAGAUCGGCACGCCUGCUCAGACACUAAAUCUUGACUUUGACACCGGAUCCAGUGAUCUUUGGGUGUUUUCUACAGAAACCCCAUCGAGCGAGGUCCAGGGUCAGACGUUGUAUAACCCUGGCUCCAGCUCAACUGCGCAGCUGUUGCAAGGAGAAUCGUGGAGCAUAACCUAUGGAGACCAGAGCAGCUCCAGCGGUGACGUAUACAGCGAUGUUGUCACGAUUGGAGGACUGAGCGUCCAAGGACAAGCCGUCGAGUCUGCCAAGCAGGUUUCCGCGCAGUUUAGCAGCGGUCCCUCGUCUGGUCUGCUCGGACUGGCAUUCAGCUCCAUCAACACUGUGCAGCCGGACCAGCAGAAGACUUUCUUUGACAAUGCUACGCCCAACUUGGAUGCGCCGCUGUUUACUGCAAACUUGAACCACAACACUAAUGGCAAAUACAACUUUGGCUAUAUUGAUGACUCUGAGCAUACCGGAAGCAUCACGUAUACUGCUGUUGACAACAGCCAGGGUUUCUGGGGUUUCACGUCCAGUGGUUACGCAGUUGGUGGUGGGCAGACCAACGGCCAGUCCAUCUCUGGCAUUGCUGAUACCGGCACCACUCUCCUGCUGUUGGAUGACAGUACCGUGAGCGCAUACUAUUCCCAGGUCAGUGGCGCUCAGUAUGAUAGCUCCCAGGGCGGAUAUACAUUCAGCUGCAGCACCAGCUUGCCUGAUUUUACGUUUGGAAUCGAGAGCUCGGCCAUCACUAUUCCCGGGGCGUAUAUGAACUAUGCUCCUACGGAUGACUCGGGGGCUACUUGCUUCGGUGGUAUUCAGAGCAGCUCUGGCAUUGGGUUUAAUAUCUUUGGCGAUAUUGCUCUCAAGGCUGCGUUGGUGGUGUUUGAUGGAGGGAACAUGCGUUUGGGAUGGGCUCCCAAAUAA